UAUUUUUAUAUAUAUUUGUAGUCUUUUCCCAGCUGAAAGUGAGCCAAAACACAAAUGCAACUAGACUAAACAGUUUAUUAAAUCAGCGGCUUUCAAUAGUUAUUUAAUUGGUGGCUCGAAUUAUCGGGCACUAUUUUCUCAACUUUGAGUGUGCUCACACUGGUGUGAUAAGCAGAAAGUGGAUGGAGUACUUGAAGAGUGGCAUCAAGACCGUGCUGGGCGGCACAGAGCCGGGCCAGCAGCCCAGCGCAGCCGAGACCGUUGAGAAGCUCGUCGAUCGAGUUUAUUCCUCAACACUGCUCGAGGAUCGCCGGGAUGCGUGCCGGGCAUUAAAAGCGCUCUCACGCAAAUAUCGGAUAGAAGUGGGCGCCCAGGGCAUGCCACCUCUAAUACAGGUGCUGCAAAACGAUGGCCAAGACGCUGAGAUAAUUGGCUACGCCCUCGACACGCUGUGCAACAUUGUGACCAGCGAGGAGUUCGACGAGGAAGCCGACAAUCCGGCGGUGUCCGUCAACGUGGGCGAACAGUUCACCGAGAUGUUCAUCAAGAGUCCCGAGCAUGUCACCCUGGUCAUGGGCUAUCUGGAUGAGUAUGAUUUUCGUGUUCGACGCGCGGCCAUACAACUAAUAACAUCUCUGAUUGCGAACAAGACGCGCGAACUGCAGGAUCUGGUGCUAGUUAGUCCGAUGGGCGUGUCCAAGCUAAUGGAUCUGCUCACAGACACUCGCGAGGUGAUCAGAAACGAUGUACUGCUGCUACUCAUUGAGCUGACCAAGGGCAAUUCCAAUAUACAAAAGAUUGUCGCAUUCGAGAACGCCUUCGAUCGUCUGUUCGAUAUUGUGCGCGAGGAGGGCUGCUCGGAUGGCGGCAUUGUUGUCGAGGAUUGUCUUAUUCUGCUGCUGAAUCUCCUUAAGAAUAACUCAAGCAAUCAGCAGUUCUUCAAGGAGGGCUCCUACAUACAACGUCUGGCCCCCAUGUUCAUCUUGAGCAGCACCAAUAGCAGCGACCUAGAGGAAUGCGGCUGGACACCACAAAAGGUGUCCAAUUUUCAUUGCAUGCUGCAGGUGGUGCGUGCUCUGGUCACGCCCAGCAAUCAGCAGCAGGUGGUCAGCGCCUGUCAGCGUGUCAUGCAAAAGUCGCAGCUGCUGAAGGCGCUCUGCGACAUCCUAAUGGGCAGCGGUGUGCCCGCGGACAUUUUAACGGAGACCAUCAAUGCUGUUGCUGAGGUGGUGCGUGGCGAUCGCGACAAUCAGGACGAGCUGGGCCGUUUGACGGCGCCCAGCCAGCCGCCACGUCCCGCAAUUGUGGUGCUCCUGAUGUCCAUGAUCAAUGAAAAGCGAAUACAGUCGCUGCGCUGUGCGGUGCUCUACUGUUUCCAGUGUUUCCUCUAUCGCAACGUGGACGGUCAGCGUGCGUUGGUGCAGACGCUGCUGCCUUUCAGUCCCACGGAUUUUAGUGUGCUGACCAUGGGCCUGCUGCUCCUCACGGGUCUCUUAUCGACGGAUACGCUGGCCAAUUGGUUCUCGGCUGUGGCCAUGAUGCACGCGCUCGUCGACAAUGUUGCCCAAAAGGAGGAGCUAUUGCGUGUCCUGCUAGGCACGCCAGGCGGACAGCGUCCCAUCACACUUCUAGAGCAAUGCACCAAUCUCAUUCAGCAGGAGCGCUGUCGUUUGCAGAGCAAGGUGGGCCUGCUAAUGCUGCUCAGCGUUUGGCUGGCCCAUUGUCCCAGCGCUGUUAAGGCUCUGCUGGAGACGCAGGGCACCAUGGCCUAUCUGACGGCCCAGCUGUGCGCCAAUGAGCAUGAUGAGCGCGAGUAUCUGGUGCAGGGCAUGUGCGCCUUUCUCAUGGGCCUCUGCAUACAGUUCAAUGACAAUUCCCUGCCCAAUCAGCGGCGCGAGGACAUCAGUCAGCUGAUCAUCAAGCGCAUCGGCCAGGAGACAUUCUGCAACAAGCUGAGCGAAGUGUCGCGCCACGAGGCCUACAGUCGCGCCUGCAAGCAGGUCCAGAUACGCGCCAAGGGCGCCAGCGAACUGUUGCUGGACUACGAGUACUGCAAACUGUACAAGGGUCUGGAGGCGUUGCUAGCGAAGCAAGUGAGCGGUUUCGAUGUGGAUGGCAUUGAGCUGACCGAGCUGACGCUCAGUUCGGAGGCGGCGGCCCUGGUCGCUCAAUAUAAGGGCAUUAUACGCGGCAUGGAUGCGCAGAUACAGACGCUGCAGCAGUCUAGCAAGGAUCUGGAGCAGCAGAAUAGCGAAUUGAAGGAGCAGCUCAGCCAGGAGCAGUCGCUGAAAUCACAGCUGGCGGAUCAGAAUACACUGCUCAAGGCACAGCUGGCGGCACAGUCACCACCUUCAGAGCUCGCCCAGCUGGACAAUGAUGUGAAGCUGAAUGCGGCACGCUAUGAGGCGAACAUGUACUUUACGGUGAACAUACGGCUCACCAAGGAGCUGGAGACGCUGCGUCAGCAAUUGGCAGCAGAGAAACAGCGCGCCGAUGCGGCCAACGAGAAGCUGCUGGCCACCCAAAAGGAUCAGGAGGAUUUGCUUGAGCUGCUGGCAGAUCAGGAGGCCAAACUGGCGCGCUAUGAGCCGCCGGCAACAACGGGCGAGGCACCGCCACCGCCCGAGCCCGAGCCGGCGCCUGCGCCCGCGCUCGCCCCCGCCGAAGACGACAGAUACUAUUCCUGUUCCGUCAAAAUAUGAACAUGGCGGAUAUGGAUUGUAUUAAGGCGCAGCCAGCCAACUGCUCGAGAGGCUGUGCGAAAAGCUCGACUCAACGCCAACUGCCCCCUGCUCCUUAUACAUUCUGAUUGUUUAUUCAACAAUUUAUAUAGAUAUACCUACUGCAUAUAUAUAGAUUCACAGAUGUAUUUGAAAUGUUUCUAAAAUUGUAAUAAAUUUGUGUAGUUACACACACAUGCACACCUGCGUGUGUUCUGUACGUGUGUGUGUGUGCGUGUGCGAGUGCGAAUUCCACACGAAAUAGAAGAGAGAUUCGUGGAAUAUGUUCGUUCUGUUUUAUAAAAUGUUUCAAUGUUGUGCGGAAAUCGCAAGCGCAUGUCAAAUAAAUAACGAUGCAUUAUUAUAUAAAUAUAAA